AUGAAUAGCCCUGAACAGUCAUCCCCUAUUCCAUCAAUACGUGAAUUUUCAAAUUCAUUCUCCUCCCAAGAUUCUGUACCACCAAUUGUUACACCUAAAAAACGUGGCAGAAAGGCACUUCCAAAAUCAUUGUCUUCACAAACACAACAGAUGUCUUCUUCUGACUCAGGUGUUGAGUCAUCAGCAGAAUUAGAGAAUAAUUCAAAAGAUUCAAUGUUAGCUUUACCACAGACUCAGAUAAAUAGAAAUGUAACUAUAGCAUCUCCAUCUGAUUCUGCUUCAAGUAGUGAUGAUGCCACAACAUCAUCACCAAAUCCUGGUGAAGAAUUUAUUGAAAGGCAUGGAACACCGGUAACAUCAAAUAGUCGUGAUCUCAUUAUUUGUGGUUCAUGUCAUCUACGAUUUCCUAUUAAUCGGUUUUCAACUUUCUUAGAACAUAAAAUGCACCGUUGUGAAGGUAGAAAUUCAUUGUCAGAGGAAUCCUCAUGUGAAAUGGGAGAUUCACCCGCCGAAACAAAUUACCGAUCCACAAGAGUUAAACGUUCACUUUUUGAUCUUGAUGGGAGAUGCGGGCGAUCUUUAUCAGCAAAUCCGAUUAAAGCUAAUGCUUCUACGGACACGAUAGAUUUGCCAAUAGUUAACAAAUUACCAUUUUCUUCUGGUCUUGUAACAUGUCAACAGUGUAAGCAAACUUGCAAUAAUGUUACAUCAUUACUACAACAAGUAGAACCUGCUCAAAAUAUGUUAAUUCAAAAACCAACACCAAUGAUUGCUUCAAAUGGGGGAACAUUGAAAGGAAUAAAUGGAAAUAAAUCUGCAUUUAGUUUAUCAAACUUUUGUUCAGAAAGAUUAAAAGAAAUUGCUGAGAAGGUUGGAGAUUCAUCUAUGGAUACCUCUUCAAUGUUAUCACCUAGAUUACAAAAUUUAACGAUGAAUGUUAAUAUAGAUCGUAAAGAUUCAAUAUUAUUUAAUAAUUUCAAUGUUUUACAAAAUGGACAACAACAACAACAACAGGAAGAAGAUAAUUCACUGGCUGCAGCUGCUGCUGCAUUUAUUUCAGGAUCUCAAUUACAAAAUACUCCACCAAGUGCUCUUGCUCAGGUAGCUACACUUGCUGCUGCAUUAAAUAAUUCAUCAACACCAGUAUCCUCAUCAAUUGGUAAUACAGGAGUUAAUACCUCAUCAAAUUCAAAUGGAAUAUCAGGAAUGUUUAUGCAAAAUAAUGUUCUCUCUGCUAUGCAAGAUUAUUAUAGUUCAUUAGGUAAUCCUGCAGCAUCUCUAUUUAACUUACAAAAUACAGUUCUUGGAAACUCAGGAGUCUCAUCUGUAACAAAUAAUCAAAAUAUAGUAAAUAAUUCAAAUUUUCUUGAUUCAUCAAAUUUAGGUAAUAAUAUGAAUCAAAAUGAUGAACAAAAAAAGAUGAAUACAAUGUCAAUGGCAGCUCAACUUGUAUUAGGUGGUGGUGGUGGUAAUAAUAAUAAUAAUGGAACAAAUAUAAGACAAAAUUCAAUGUUAAAUGUUAAUCCAAAUCUUCCAUUAACAUCAAAUAAUGGUAAUACACUACAAUCAUGUAAUAAUAAUCAAACAUUACAAGGUAUAACACAAGUUUCUGCUGUAAAUCCAAGACGAAGAACAUCACCAAGUGAAUGUUUGAUUAAAAAUACAGAUAGAGUAUCAGCAUCAAAAAUAUCAAAAAUAUCACCAUUAAAAGGUGAAAAUGGUAUAGUUGAUAAGGAAGAAUUAGCUGAACCAGCAGCACGUAGAGAUCCAAAAACUAAAAAAGAUAGAUGUGUAUAUUGUUGCAAGUUAUUUACAAAUAGAUCAAAUUUAAUUGUUCAUCUUCGAAGUCAUACAGGUGAAAAACCAUAUAAAUGUCAAUUAUGUCCAUAUGCUUGUGCUCAAAGUAGUAAAUUAACAAGGCAUAUGCGUACACAUGGACAACAAGGAAAAGAAACAUAUCAUUGUUAUAUCUGUAACAUGCCAUUUUCAGUACAUUCAACAUUAGAAAAACAUAUGAGAAAAUGUGUUGUUGUUAAUCAUAAUCUUCUUAAAAAUAAUACUCCAGGAUGUGGUAUAAAACAAGAAGAAAUUACAAAAGUUUCUCUUACAUCUGGUCCUGUUGGUGAUAAUAAUAAUUUAUUGUCAUUUACCAAAUCUACAAAUACAUUAAAACCUCAAACAGCACCAUUAAAUAAUAAUAAUCCACCAGCUUUACCAAAUAAUAUUACUCAAUCAAAUCAAAUGGUUAUGAAUUGGUUAAAGGCUUUAAAUGUUAAUCCAACACCAACAACAACCUCAACAUUAAAUAAUUCUACUGAUGUUGGAGAUAUUUCAAUGAAUGAUAUUGGAGCUGAGGAAGAUUUAGUUGGUGUUACAGAGGCAUCUGAACUAUUAGUCAAAACAUUGACAUCAAAUAUUAAAAAUGAAAUUGCAACAUAA